UCAGAAAAAUCGCAGAUGACAUAACGCUGAUUUGAUGUACAUAUGUAGGCUGCAGUGUGUGUAUUCGUUAGUAAGAGAGGCGCGCGUGUGUGUGAAGUAAUUAGCUGAAGGAUGUCGGCGGUAGCACGGUUUGCUGCAGCAGGAGUUCCGGUGUCGCUGCUGUCGCGGUUCCGCGGUGCGCUGGUCGCUGCAGUGCUCGGGGACUGUGUGGGCGGUGAGUUUGAAGGAGCUGAAGAUGUUCCACUGGACCGGGUUCUCCAGCACCUCAGUGCACUGGAGGAUGAAUCAAAGGGUGACGGCAUACUGCAGUACAGUGACGACACAGCCAUGAUGCGCUGUGUAGCCCAGUCUCUUCUUACCAGGAUGGGCUUUGAUGAACAAGACAUGGCUCGCAGAUUUGCAAAAGAGUAUAGCCACGCUCCAGGCCGUGGCUACGGAUCAGGAGUCAUUCAGGUCCUGCGAAAGCUUGCGUCGCCUCAGCUCAGUGAUGUCUUUCAGCCAGCACGUGCGCAGUUCGGUGGACGUGGCUCAUUUGGCAAUGGAGGAGCAAUGAGAGCUGCACCUUUUGCUCUCGCUUUCAGAAAUGCUGCUGAUGUGAAGAGGUUUGCGAGGGUAGGUGCAAUGCUCACACAUUCCUGCUCUCUGGGCUAUAAUGGCGCUGUGCUACAAGCCCUCGCUGUUCACUUUUCACUCCAAGGUGAUCUGGCCUUACCGCAAAAAUUCAUCAGUAAACUUAUUUCUGAAAUGGAUGAAGUGGAGAAAGACGAGGCAGCCCGCGGUGACGCCAAAGUGCUUAAUUUAGCUGAAUUUCCAUAUUGUGCACGUUUGCACAAAGUCAAAGAGCUUAUGGAGCGUAAUAACGUGAGCAUCGAGGAGGUGAUAUCAGAACUCGGGAACGGGAUUGCAGCCCUCGAGUCUGUGCCCACAGCCAUCUUCUGUGUGCUGCACUGUUUAGAGCCUGGUGAGGGCCUGCCAGAGCACUACGGUGGCCUAGAGAGGACAAUAGCCUACAGUUUAGCCCUGGGAGGCGACACAGACACCAUUGCAUGCAUGGCAGGCGCUAUUGCAGGUGCCCACUAUGGCAUAAGUGCCAUUCCACAGAGUUGGCUCAAGAGCUGUGAGGGGGCAGACGAAGCUGAGCAUCUGGCUGAGCGUCUCUAUAAGCUGUACAACAUAGCGCAGACAGACGAAGUCAGGGAGACCGUGGGUGACGGCGAUCAGCCGCAUGACAGCCAUCCUCAUCUGAAACAUACAGACUGAUCCCUUGCACAGUAUUAUUGACGUAUACAGUAAGUCCCCUACAUACAAAUAAGUUCCAUUGCGAGAUCAGUCCGUAAGCCCAACAAACAUUGUCCAGGUACUAGGGUACUAACACAAUUGGCUAUAGACUUCACUGUUUCCGUGAUUUUGUCCUUGUUUUUUUUUUUAGAAUCAUGCUUUUAUGCUUCCUUCCAGACAUCCAGGGAUGCACACGGCACGCACGUACAUGUGAUCUAACUUCCGUCACUAAACAUGCAUUGAACACAUUCGUAUCUUUUGAAAGUUCGGAACUAGAAUAUUGGUAUGUAGGGGACUUACUUUAUACAUGUAAUUUGACACACAAGCAUACAUACACAGCUGAGAAUUUACAACCUUGAAAUCAUUUAGAAUCUGUUGUCUUUGUUGUACAAAAAACUUUACAAUAAAAGUAAAUCAGCUGCACAUUGUCUGUUUAACAGUGUGAGGCUAGGCAGUUUUUGAAAUAAAUAAACCAUCCGCUUAAACGAA